GCCCGGAAAAGCGGCCCUUUGGCGCCCCCUCUGGCAGGAAGUGGAAAGAGGAGAGAGAGGAACGGCGUAUGUGGAAGAGGGAGAGCCCCUCAAGAGGAGAGAUUAAAUCCUCGGCGGCGGCGGCGGCGGCUUCGUAUCUGGAGAGUGGAAAGCGGCGCUGGUCUUUAAGAAGGGAGCUCUGCUGCGGGGGUGCGCUUCCCGACUGCCGGGCCCUUUCCUUCACCCUCUAUUCUCUCCGCUGCCCGCUGGGCCCCGGCUCCGCCCCCUCCAUCUCCCGUGGGGGGCCCGUCUGGCUAACUGCCGGUGCCCCAUGAGGCGCGGCCCCCUCGGGAUACAAGUUGGGCCUAGGCGGAACUGAAGUGCUUGAGACAAAGCUUCAGGCAAGGAUCUUUGGGACCUGACGUUAUGGAGACAGAAAGUGAGCAAAACUCAAACUCAGCCAGUGGCAGCUCAGGCUCUGGAGGAAGCACUCGCCCUCAGAUAUCUCAAAUGACCCUCUAUGAGCGUCAGGCAGUGCAGGCGCUUCAGGCACUGCAGAGGCAGCCCAAUGCAGCCCAGUAUUUCCACCAGUUUAUGCUGCAACAGCAGCUCAACAGUGCUCAGUUACACAGCCUGGCUGCAGUCCAGCAGGCCACAAUUGCAGCAAGCCGACAGGCAAGCUCUCCAAACACAAGCACCUCUCAACAGACAGCUACCACACAGGCUUCAAUUAAUUUGGCUACCACAUCAGCUGCACAGUUAAUCAGCCGUUCACAGAGUGUGAGUUCACCUAGUGCCACCACCCUGACCCAAUCAGUGCUUCUUGGGAACACCACUUCACCACCUCUUAACCAGUCACAAGCUCAGAUGUAUCUUCGGGUGCAGAAUUUGGCUGUCAGAAGUCAACAGACCUCAGCAGCUAAUGUGCAGCUCCAGGCUUCUGCUCCAAAGGCUGCUUUGUCAGGGAAUUCCCAGGCUUCAGUACUUCCCCAGGCCACCCAUGCUGGCCAGACCUUGACAGUGACGCAAGCCUCUUCUGGCAAUGUAGGCCAGUCACUAAAUCUUAGUCAAGGGGCAUCAGGAAGUAACGGCAUUUCUGGGGGUGUGGCAUCCUCUGUAGGGAACCAUGCUACUUCUGGGCUGAGCCAUGCAACUUCAUCUGGCCCAGGGAGCAGCUGCCAGAGAAAAGGUACUGGUGUAGUUCAGCCUUUACCUGUAGCUUCUGCUGCUCAAGCAGUGACUGUGAGCCAGGGAAGUCAGACAGAGGGAGAAAAUGCAGCCGCAAAGAAGGCUGAAGCAGAUGGUAAUGGACAACAGACUGUGGGCAUGAACCUGACCAGGACAGCUACACCAGCCCCAAGCCAAACUUUGAUAAGUUCUGCCACAUAUACCCAAAUCCAGCCUCACUCGCUGAUCCAACAACAACAACAGAUUCAUCUCCAGAAGCAAGUAGUGAUCCAGCAGCAAAUUGCCAUCCAUCACCAGCAGCAGUUCCAGCAUCGGCAGUCUCAGCUCUUGCACACUGCCACGCACCUCCAGUUGGCGCAGCAGCAGCAGCAGCAGCAGCAGCAAGCUCCAGCUCUGGCCCAGCAGCAGCAGGGGCCACCACAGGGUCAGCAGCAGGCCCCGCCUCUUCAGGGCCAACAGCAAGCACAGACCCUUGUCGUCCAGCCCAUGCUGCAGUCACCAUCUCAGCCAGUGCAGCUCCAGCAGGACAGCCUUUGCCAGGCAGCUACUAAAUCACCUGUCCCUAUUCAGUCAAAGCCACCCAUAGCCCCUUUCAAACCUCCACAGCUUGGUGCUGCCAAAAUGUCAGCAUCCCAACAGCCCCCACCUCAUAUCCCAGUGCAGGUUGUAGGCAGCCGCCAACAAGGCUCAGCCCAAGCUCAAGCACUGGGCCUUCCGCAGAUGAACACUGCAGCGCAGGUCCCCCGGGGCAUGCCAGCUGUAGUCCAGCCGGUCUCCCAGGUCCCCACAGCAUCCUCAUUAUCCCAGACCUCUUCUGCCUCAUUUUCUUCUUCUUCUCUUCCUCUACAAGAAGCCCAUUCUCCUCUCACUUCUGGGGUCAAUGUGGCCCAAGUCCAAGGCACAACACAGGUGAAGAGCACUGCUUCCUCUCCAGUCAUGGCUCAGGCACCGGCAUCGGCAUACUACGUGCAGCCUGUCCAGUUACCUAGCAAGCCACAGACCUUGGCAGUCAAGCGCAAAGCAGAAUCUGAAGAGGAGAGGGAAGAGUCCAUUGCACCACCUUCGCUCCUGCCAGCUAAGUGUCCUCCUGUGACUGAGAGUCCCAAAGCCACAGAAGAGAAGGUUGGUCUUGGAGGUGAAGGAAACAGGGAGAAAUCUGAGUCCUUUCCCAGUGCCACUCCAAAUGCACCCCCAAGUGACCCCAGCUCUAUCACUCCUACAACUGCUGCUUUGCCUACCUUAGCCAUGUUGUCACGCCAGACGGGAGACUCCAAACCUCCACAAGCCAUUGUCAAGCCUCAGAUUCUUACACACAUCAUAGAGGGUUUUGUCAUCCAAGAAGGGGCAGAGCCUUUCCCGGUGGGCUGCUCUCAGUUUCUAAAAGAGUUUGAAAAGCCCCUUCAAGGAGGAGUUCCCUCUAGGCAAACUGAGAACCAGCCUAGCAACUCCCUAGGAGAAAGCAUAGCAGCAGAGCAAGACAAAAAAGGGAAUCUGCUGAAAUGUGAAUUCUGUGGAAAAUACGGUCCAGCCAAUCAAUUUCGUGGUUCCAAAAGGUUCUGUUCUGUAACAUGUGCCAAGAGGUACAAUGUAGGCUGCAGUCACCAGCUUCGGCUGCAAAGGAAAAAAAUGAAAGAGCUUCAGGAAGCAAACUAUGCACGGCGGCGGCGUGGACCUCGGCGCAGCAGCUCAGAGAUUGCCCGAGCCAAGAUACAGGGCAAGCGUCACCGGGGCCAAGAAGACUCUAGCAGAGGAUCUGAUAACUCCAGUUAUGAUGAAGCAUUGUCCCCUACAUCUCCAGGACCCCUGUCAGUGAGGGGUAGUCAUGGAGAACGAGAUCUUGGCAGCUCCAGCGUGACUCAAUCUGCUCCUGACCUACAUGGCAUCAACCCUGUAUUCCUAUCCAGCAACCCCAGCUGCUGGAGUGUAGAGGAAGUGUACGAGUUCAUUGCAUCUCUGCAAGGCUGCCAGGAGAUUGCAGAGGAGUUUCGCUCUCAGGAAAUUGACGGUCAGGCUUUGCUCCUACUGAAGGAAGAGCACCUCAUGAGCGCCAUGAAUAUCAAGCUGGGUCCUGCCCUCAAGAUCUGUGCCAAGAUCAAUAUCCUCAAAGAGACCUAAUAACAUGAGAAGCCAGAGUUCUCCCCUCUUCAAGCUAGGACAAUUUCUUCAAACUCCUAACACUGAAUGAAGAGGAAACUGACUUCUCUUAAAAGCCUGUCUUGGUGCUAUAUGGGGAACAACUCCCCAGGAGGCCUUGAAACAUCUUUUCAAGAUAGUCUUGUGUGGCCUGAACAUUCUCUAUCCCCUGGAUUGUUCUGAUGGUAAAACAGUAAAGAUGAGAAUUCCGUAUUGAGGCUUUUCAGAGGAAGGGCUGAGAAGGGCCCUUCCUCUCCUCAUUGUUUUGUUUUUUUAUUUUGUUUUUAUUUUUUUUCCUCCAUGGGAUUUUUUUCCUUCUACACAGGGAGCCAGUUAGUGCUGAAGUUUGGCAAUGGAUUCUCUUGCUGAGGGAGGGAAGCUGGAAGAUAGCUUAAAUGGCACCUUUCUUAAUCCACAAGUGUCAAGUGGAGGUAAGUAGCAAAUGGACCACAUACAGAACACUGAAAAAUAAAGUGUUAUGGAUCACUUAAAGACUGAAGCUUGUUCACGCCUAAUAGGAUCCUUUUAAUUCUACAUGUGACUUGUGGAAUUGGGAGAUGCCAUUCAAGAUCCAAAGGAGAACCCAAAUAUACUGAAGCACCAUUUGUUUACAUCUUGCUUUUAAAUGUUUUCCUUUAUCUGUUUUGUAUCUUUCCUUCCCCCUGAGAACAUAUGGGACAAAGUUUCUUCUAGCAGGUUUGUAUCUCCUAUCAGAAACCUGUUUAUUUUUGUUUAUUAUGCAAAUAUUCUCUUCAGUAAAAAGAAUGCUUCAAAAAUUAA